AUGACUAGGUUGAGGAAAUUGCAAAAAGAGGAGGGACAAAGGAGAAGUCCACGUAUAUCAUGCAUGAUGCAGGGUCCUACACUUCGUACUAGGGACAAAAAGAGAACAAAGUUAAGACCACUUCAACAUCAUCUCACAGCUUCACCAAAUAAGGGUGUGAAACGUGAAGAAGAUAUUAGAAAGAAUGAUGUUAGUGAUCAGCCAUCAAAAUCAGCAUCAACUCUUUUGCCAGUGAAACAAAUACUUGAACUUGUCCUCGACACUUUACAAAGGAGAGACACCUAUGAGAUAUUUGCUGAACCAGUCAAUCCAAAUGAGGUUGAGGAUUAUUAUGCAAUCAUCAAGGAGCCGAUGGAUUUUGGCACAAUGAGGGCUAAACUACACGAGGGGAUGUAUAAGAGUCUAGAACAAUUUGAGGUUUUUCAAUGCUAGUUCAUGUGAUUGUCUCUCCUUCAUGAUGUUUUUUUAAUAUUCAACAAUGCCAUGAAUUUUAAUUCUUCAGGUACCAUAUAUUUCAGGCAGGCUCGGGUUAUAAGUGAGUUAGCUAAGAAAGUUUUUGAUGUAUUAAGAAUCGAUCCGGACAAGUUUGAAAUAGAGUUCUCGGAAACAAAGCAGCUGCAAGUGGGUCGAAGAAACCAAAGAGAUCUUAGCGAUUCAGCACACAUUAAAUCCAAUAAUGUAUCAUGUUCUUCUCAAGGUACAACAAGCCGGAAAAGCAUUAAAACAAAUUUUCAUGGUUGUUCUGACACCUCUACGCAUAAUCAUACUAGAGAUGUAGAGGUUCAUACAGGUAUUGAAGAUAAUCGCAGAUGUAAAUCGAUUGAAUUUGAUAGGCAUUCUACUUAUAGACAUUUUAAAGAUGUGCCAAUACUUCCAACAAUAUAUGAUAAAGUAAAACUACUUGAGCAUAUUAAUCAACAAGAUAUUGGCUACAAAGAGAGCUUGAUGUUGUUUGUUAAAGAUUUAGGACCUAUUGCCCAAAAUAUAGCUAAAAGGAAACUACUUGGAUGUGAAAUUCGUACUGCAUCAUCUGCUUUUGUACCUGCCUCUAUGUUAAUAUCUCAAAAUCCCUUGAAUAAAAUGAGAAGCUCUAGGGGGAAAAAUAAUCUGAAGAUUGAUGAUGGUGAUGGAGAAAAGGUUGAAGUGUUAUUGAAAGCUGAAACUACUCAUGGAAGCCACACGGGAGGGUCCUUGUGGUCUAAAGAAACCGGCAACAAGUCUACUAGGACGGCCAUGAUAUUGGACAAUUCCAAGUUAGUUAAUCAAGAACUGUCGAUUCAAGAUGGAUGUCGAAUGAAUCAUGUGAUGGAAUCAAGGUUAGAAAACAAAUACAAUUUUCAACCCCGACGACCCUGGCUCUUAGUAAGUAAUAAUGAUGUUUCAUAUUUUAAUCAUGAUCAAGAUAAGCAAAAAUCAUUUUCAGAGUGUGUAAUGGGUGAACGUGAAAAUCCACAAGCACAAACUAGUUGCUCAUUUAAAGCCAUGAAAAUUUUACAAUCAAACCAAGAUAACAUAACUAAUAAUAAUGAUGUUUUCAAUCUUCCAUAUUUGAAGACACGUCUUGACCAGAUUGACUCCUCCUCAGAACAAUACAAGCUCUCAUAG